GUUCUGUUCCUCGGCGUGACCAACUCUUUAAAGGCAUUCAUUAGAGUCCGGCUCCCUUUCUACGCGAUUCGCCACACAGUUUAGCCGGCUUAAACGCUCCCCCAUUGACAGCCACAGAUGAAGCGCAAAAAAAAAAUAGUAUAUGAAGCUUAAAACGUUUACCCCUCGGUGUCUGCGCAUGGGGGGUCAGCUGCUUUGAAAGGGGAAGACAAACUUGAAACCAAAGAAUUCAAGCGUACACUUGCCGACAUGUACUGUGUCAGACACAUAUGAGUGGGUGAUUGAGGCAGCUGGUUAUGGCUGGGCUGAAAGUUCCGAGAUGUUGGAUAAAGCUGAGGAUUAAGGAGACUAUAUCUUAGUUCUGUCAAAGGAUAAUUUAGAUUCGUUGUGUUUCCAUCCAGUCUGGAGAGGACAGACCCGAAGCGAGAAACUCGUAAACCUUCCUGUGGUUUUAUGGGAGUGAAACACGACAGGGUAAGCUUAAAUGAAUGUUUUCUUCUAGAGUUUAUUUUCCCUCCUGUCCAUUGUGCAUGAUCGUUACUCUGAAAAGUAGGGAGACUGAACCCCACAGGGCGGGGUUAUUAUCCCCCACUUUUUCUUUUCCCUCCCCUCUUGCGCCUCCUUCUCUUCUCCUCUGGACUUUGAGUGGCCACCAGCCAGCUUUUGAUUUAAGAAGCGUUUGUCUUUCCCGGGAUGUGAAAAGGAGGCCGGAGCUGAUGUACAACUAGGUGGUUAGAGGCGGGUUAUUUUGGGCAAGUCUGCGUGCAGAGGCACCUCAAACGGAGAGAGGGAGCGAAAGAGAGCGCACGGCGCACCGACCAGACUCAGUGAGGAGAGGGAGUAAGACGCACAGAUUUCAGUUGUAUCGAGCUGCUUCCCCCGCACACUGGAUGCGCGCAACAGAUCUACAAGAUAGACGAGGACAUUCAAAGAGAAAUCGGACGUUUUUAUGGAAGAAGUGCAUCUUAAGCAAGCUUUUGUCAACCAAUCGAAUGUCUGUUCUUUUUACCAUCUUCUCGCUCCACUGAGAAAGCGAUGCAGCUGCUGAUUGACGGAGCAUAGCCCUUUUUAAGUUAAAGCCAGGACGACCUGCACUGCCUUUUGGAGUUUUUUUUAUUUGAUCUGUUUGUUAGCUACCCCAAAUGCAAGCCGGAAAAAUGAAGGGACUAUUUCUGCCGAGAAUGUGGAAACUUUUGACUCUUUUGGCGCUGGCAACACAACACGCAUCUGGUAAGACGUUAAAGUAUCAAAUAUUUGAAGAGCAGAAGGUUGGCACGGUCAUUGCCCGUUUGAGAGACGAUGUGGCUGAUGUUCUGGCCAAACUUCCGAGCUCAGUGUCGCUCCGCUUCAGAGCAAUGCAAAGAGGGAGCUUGUCUUUCCUCUCGGUGCGCGAGCAGGAUGGAGAAAUCAGCAUCAGGACCAAAAUUGACCGUGAGAAACUCUGCGAAAAGACUCUUAAUUGUUCAAUUCAGUUCGAUGUACUGACACUUCCCACUGAGCACCUUCAGUUGUUUCACGUCGAGGUGGAAGUGUUGGACAUCAACGACAACGCACCCCAGUUCGCCCGCGCUGUUAUCCCCAUUGAGAUCUCAGAGAGCGCAGCUGUGGGAGCGCGCAUUCCCCUGGACAGUGCCACAGACCCCGACGUCGGGGAGAACUCCCUCUACACAUAUGCCUUAGAGCCUAACAACUUCUUCAAGAUUGACAUUCAGUCCAGGACUGAUGGUGCCAAAUAUGCAGAGCUUGUAGUGCUCAGGGAGCUCGACAGGGAGGUGCGCUCCGGUUAUGAACUUCAGUACACAGCCUCUGACAGGGGCGUUCCCCCGAGAACGGGUUCGACCCUCCUCAAAAUCAGUGUUGCUGAUUCAAAUGACAACAGCCCAGUUUUUGACAAGUCGUCAUAUGUCAUAAAUCUCCCAGAAAAUGCACCUGUUGGCACUCUUCUCAUUGACUUAAACGCCACUGACGCGGAUGAGGGGACCAACGCAAAAAUAGUCUACUCAUUCAGCAGUCACGUGUCCCCCAAAAUAAUGGAGACAUUCAAGAUCAACCCUGACAGCGGCCACCUGACCCUCAUCAGACGUGUGGACUAUGAGACUGUUAUCUCUUAUGACAUCGAUGUUCAAGCGCAGGACAUGGGUCCAAACUCUAUGCCAGCGCACUGCAAGAUCCUGGUCAAAGUUGUAGAUGUGAACGACAACAAACCAGAGAUAAGCAUCAACCUAAUGUCCUCUCAAGGGAACGGGGACGCAGCUUAUAUAUCUGAGGCCUCUCCUUUGGACACGUUUGUGGCUCUGGUGCGAGUGGAAGACUUGGAUUCUGCAUUAAACGGAGAGGUAGAGUGUAAACUUCAUGGUCAAGGAUUUUUCAAACUGCAGAAGACGUAUGAGAACAACUACAUGAUUUUGACAAAUGUGUCUUUGGACCGAGAGAAGAGGUCAGAGUUCAGCCUGACGGUGGUGGCAGAGGACAUGGGGACCCCAAGUCUCUCUACUGUCAAACACUUCACUGUGCAUGUAACUGAUGAGAAUGACAACCCUCCACGUUUUGAGAAAGGGCGAUAUGAGAUCUUUAAAUCAGAGAACAAUGCCCCUGGAGCAUAUCUGACCUCCAUCUUGGCCACUGACCCUGAUUUAGACGCCAAUGGACAGGUGAGCUACUCUAUCCUGGAGAACACUGUCCACGGGAGCUCCAUCUCCACCUAUGUUACCAUUGACCCAUCUAAUGGUGCCAUAUAUGCACUGCGAACAUUUGAUCGUGAGGAUGUGAGUCGUAUCUCCUUUGUUGUGCAAGCCAAAGAUGCAGGAAAACCUCCACUGCUCAGCAACUCCACAGUUAUUCUGAACAUCCUGGAUGAGAAUGACAAUCCUCCAGUUAUUGUGGUGCCCCAGCUUUGGAACUUCAGUGCUGAUGUACCUGCAUCAAAGUUUACUGAGGCUGGACAGUUGGUAACCAUGGUCAGGGCAACUGAUCGUGACACAGGGGUCAACGCUGAGCUCAUCUGCUCCAUUGUCAGUGGCAAUGAGGAAGGCUUCUUUCUUAUUGACCCAAGAACAUGUGAGAUCCAUGCCAAUGCCAGCCUGGAGAACUUCCCCCAUGAGCACGUUGAGCUAACAGUCAUGGUCCGAGAUCAAGGAAGGGAGAGCCUUAGUGCCAAAGCAGUGCUAAAACUAACCCUCUAUGAGAACAUGGAGAACCACGUUCAGGUGAUGGACCAGGGGGAGUCUGCACUUGAUGCAUCCCUGAUUAUCAUCAUCUCCCUGGGGGCCAUCUGCGCUGUGCUCCUGGUCAUCAUGGUGGUGUUUGCUGCUCGCUGCAACAGGGAAAAGAAAGACUCAAGGCACUCCUACAACUGCAGAGUGACUGAAUCAACCCACCAGCACCACCCAAAGAAGCCCUCACGCCCAAUCCACAAAGGUGAUAUCACCCUAGUUCCCACGGUAAAUGGCACCCUGCCAAUUAGAGCUCACCACAGAUCACCUUCAGCCACGCCACCCAUGGAUCGGGCUCAGAUUGGGAGCCGGCAAAACCACCACAGCCGCCAAUCUCUAAACAGCCUAGUGACCAUCUCGUCCAAUCACAUUCCAGAGAGCUUUGCAUUGGAACUGGCACACGCAACUCCCCCAGUGGAGGGCCAGUACCAGCCCAGACCCAGUUUCCGUGGCAACAAAUACUCCCGCAGCUACAGGUAUGCAUUACAAGACAUGGACAAGUUCAGCCUGAAGGACAGUGGCCGUGGGGACAGCGAGGCGGGGGACAGUGACUGUGACAUGGGGAGGGAAUCCCCCGUGGACAGGCUGCUGCUGGGGGAGGGCUUUUCUGAUCUCAUACACCUUGAAAUGCACCACAGACUCCACCCAGCUAUGAGACUGUGCACUGAUGAAUGUCGCGUCCUGGGACACUCUGACCAAUGCUGGAUGCCCCCCCUCUCCUCACCAGCUUCUUCCUCUGACUAUCGCAACAACAUGUACAUCCCCGGGGAAGAGUCCUCCCAGCAGCCUCAGGUGACUGAUGAUGACCAGUCCUCCAUUGAUUCGGAGCGCCGCAAGAGCUUCUCCACUUUUGGCAAAGAGUCUGGAAGCGAAGAGGCAGGGGCCGGGGGAGUAGUUGCUGGAGGAGGAAGUGAUGCUUGUGCAGCUGGGGGAGGGGCUGGCUCUCUCCUCACAGAGAUGAACUCUGUGUUCCAGCGCCUCCUCCCUUCUAAUAUGGACUCAUACACAGAGUGCACUGAAACAAGCCCACCCUCAUCCUCAUCAACCGCUGAGAGAGGAAGCGGUCGUAAUGGUAACAUAGCUGGAAACAUUGCUGGUAACCAUAGUAACAACGCUGUUCCCCAGGACAACCGAAGAGGUUUGUUGCCAGGUGGGAAAGGUCCUGCUUAUCCCCCAGGUGUGGCUGCAUGGGCAGCCAACACCCACUAUUUAAAUCCUGGAAAUGGAUCAGUGGCAGCCAAUCAAGUUCCCCCUUCUGCUCCUCCUCCUUCUACUUCUUCUUCAUCUUCAUCAUCCACCUCGACCACCACUUCAACCAACAAUGGACAGCCACCACACCUCAAAUGGCUGCCAGCCAUGGAGGAAAUUCCAGAGAAUUAUGAGGAGGACGAGUUUGAUGGGGUCUUCCAUCAGUGUCAUCAGGGUGCCAAACGCAGUGAGAGCCGCCAUGAGGCCAACAUGGACGCUAGUGAGCUGGUACAUGAGAUCAACAAACUGCUGCAGGACGUCCGACAGAACUAAAAAGAAAAAGGAAACAAGGCGUAGCAUGGGUUCACAUUUCACACCAUCCUGGCAACUGCUUGUUCUUCGUGCCAACAUAUAUAAACUUUUUGAAGACAGUUUCUUGUUCACUGUAAUGCUUGUCUUGUAUAUUUUACCAAAUAUCCUCUUUUUCUGCUCAGUGCUGAGAGACUCAGAGAAAGUAAAACACUGCACUGAAGUUGUGAUUGAGAUGACUUAAAGGCAUCAAAGCGAGUGCUCGAAGAACAGAUUGCUCAGUUGUUAUUACAGUCUCGCUGAAAGUUGUUUGAAUGCGUGAUUACAAAAGGAAAUCCACCAACAAAAGCUGUAUUCCUUUUUUAUUUGUAAUGUUUACAGCAGCGUGAACAGACUCCACAGGGAGAAACCAACCGUUGUGUGAUCUAAUUCCUGCUUUUACAGUGUACAAUAUUGUACAGUGUCUGUGGAAAAAGGCAAAACUCACUUGAAUAUUGUGCUCUGUCUCCUGUUUUGUUAUAAUGGAAUGUAACUGUACAAUUUGACCUUUGUAUUUUAAAAAUACACUCUUUUUUACUUCUAUAUAUUUAUAUGUGUCCAUGUAUGUUUGUACAGAAAAGAAAAGAAAUGUCUAUUUUUUAUAUUUGUCACUGCAUGUCUUAAUAUCACUUAAUGUGUCUUUUUUCUCUGCCCUGUUUAUUUUAUAAAACAGUUGUAUUUAAUUUGUUAUUAAAUGUAAAUGUGCGUAUCAAAAUAAUCACAUUCCAGUUGGGUUCCAUGUUGGAAGUGGAUUUUGUAUGGUGACAUUGUGACCAUUGGGUGGUGAAUAAAGUUGGAAGGAUUCAUAACCAGG